GGAUGCAGAGAAAGUGGGUGUUCCCGCACUCAAUAACUACAAACACUCAAUAUCUUUAAUUAAUUAACGCAGUCGGGUUUUACACUCAUCUUAAGUUACCCACAGUAAAUACCAGCAUCCUGGGACAUUUAUAACCAUCUAAGUGUCGAUGCAUCAACAUUAACAAAGAAAUGUCUGCAUCUCUCUGCUGUUUCCUGUCUAUCGGGCUCCUCGUGGUCGUCUCUGCAGAUAAGAAAAUCAUCACAGCUCAGUCUGGACAGAAUCUCACUCUUCCUUGUCAAGCUGAAAACAACAACAUCAACACUGUACAGUGGAGCAGAGCUGACCUGGGGACAAAAUAUGUCCUGUUAUUCCGGGAUGGACACCUUGAUCCAGAUGACCAGCAUCCAUCUUUUAAGAACCGGGUGGAUCUGCAGUACAAAAAGAUUAAGGAAGGAGACGUGUCUUUGAUUCUGAAGAAUGUGAUAAUUAAUGACACUGGAACAUACGAGUGUUAUAGUUUUCAGUCAGGAGGAAACCAAGAGAAACCCAUCAGCAGCAUCUACCUGAGAGUUGAUCCUCCAGGUCAGACAGGAGGAGCUGCUAGACUGAAAGUUGUUGUGCCAGUUUUUGGUCUACUUUUUGUUGCUGUUGGUUUUGCAGUUUAGAGAACACCAGACUCAGGAUCCAUACCAGCCUCCCACUGAACUGCAUCAGGUUUGAAAGAUCCCAGGUCAACUGAUGACAAAAGGAACAUAAAACAAUUUCAAUGACUGUCAUCUGUUGUAUAAUUCUUUUUUCUUUUUUUUAACAACUGAACUGCAUUUUUGUAUAGAAGUAAGGUU